AUGAGAGAUUUCAAAAGCGAACAAGAAGUUCUCCAAUACUAUGAAGAGACUAAACACCGUGUUGUUAUAUUCGAAGGAACAGUCUAUGAUGUAGAUAGCUAUAUAAGCUAGCAUCCAGGAGGACAAGAGUUUCUAGUGAACUAUCUAGGAAAAGUAAUCGAUGAGCCAUUUGAAGAACAUGGACAUACGAACUCAGCAAGACUGAUUUUCAGAGAUCUAGAUAAGGUUGGUUAUAUUUUUGGUGAAACCUAACAUCAGGGCUCAGAUCUCUCCAAAGCUAAUAUCAAGGGACUUGAUGGCUUACAACUAAAAUCAACCAUCAAAAUAGACUAUAAUAGAGGCCUCUACAAAUAAAUGCUAGAUGCUAAUCUCUCCUGGGACGAUUACAUUACCUUCAUUAACGAGCCUAAGCAUUUAGUUAAUCCUAUACGUGAUAUCAAGGUUUUUGACAACUGGUUCCUAGAACUAUUCACAAAGACACCAUGGUGGGGAAUCCCAAUGGCUUUUGGCCCAAUUUUCUACUAUCAUUUUAGCUAAGUAGAAGCAGACUGGCUAACGUUCAUUGCAUUUAUAUUAAUUGGUACUAUCUCAUGGUAAUUCACCGAAUAUAUACUUCACAGAUUCCUAUUUCAUAGUGAAGACUAUUGGCUUCCCAACCAUCCUUUAGUUCUAGCUCACCACUUUAUAUUACACGGAAUUCAUCAUGCCUAUCCAAUGGAUAGGUACAGAUUAGUAAUGCCGAUUGCACCUGGAUAUUUCAUUUACUUUUUUGUUACGGCUCCAUAUAAGCUACUAAUGUCUGAUUACUACUAUCACCCCUAGAUAUGUGGAUUACUGAUUGGAUAUGUUGCUUAUGAUUUAAUUCAUUACUUCUUGCACCAUUCAUCACCUAAGGAUGGUUACUUUAAGUCAUUAAAGACAUAUCAUAUGCAGCAUCAUUAUAAAAACGGUUAACUUGGGUUCGGAGUAUCUAUGAAAUUCUGGGACUACGUAUUCUUUACUCAAAUAGACUGA